AUGCGUCUCGUCGCUUCUCUUCCUGUUGCGGUUCUUCUAGCCGCCGCAGAAGUUAUCAUGGCCACUCCCAGCCCCAGCAUAACGGCUGCUCCUACGACCUCGAACAAUCUCCUUAAGACCUUCAUCACCACCGCAAGCAAUUGCACGCACACCGCUCCGACCGAUUCCAUUCACCGACGCAAUCCUGAGCUCAUCACAUCUGCUCCAGCCGUCACCACGCCUGCCAAACCCUCGGUAUUCACCACCGUUACGUGCCACGGAGACUAUGGGGAAGAAGACGGAUAUGUCAAGCAUAGAUGCAAGGUGUAUGAGUACAGGCUCAAGGAGCUGGAGAGCAGUGCGGGAUGUGCUGUGCCGUUGCUUGGUGGUGUUUGGGGAAUGGCCGGAGUACUAGUAGCUGCCAUGGCAAUUUUGUUUUGA